GAACAGAAGAAAUAGUAGCUAACUUUACUCUCAGACACGUUUCAGAUAACCAUGAACCGAGUAAUGAAGACAACAUGAACAUGAUAAGAAUUAAGAAAACCAGCCUCAUUCGUUAAUUUGUAGUGGCAAAAAGCCUUGAUAUUGCUCACUAUCCCUUCUUUAUUCAGUCUUCAUUAUCACACUCAUCACGCACUUUCUCUAACAUGGCUUCAACCGCUUCUGAGGUUAGCCAACAAGUACAAUCCAAUAACAGAACAAGUUUCACAAGUGUGAAAGCACUAACUAAAUCACCAGAACUCACUUCCCUCCCACCCUCAUACACAACCACCAAUUCAGAUGAUGAAAUAGUGGCAGACCCAGAUGAAGAUGAUCCAAUUCCCAUCAUUGACUAUUCUCUCUUAGUUACUGGCACACUUGAUCAACGUGCCAAGACCAUCCAUGACUUGCGCAAGGCUUGUGAGGAGUGGAGGUUCUUCAUGCUCAUCAACCACUUUGUGUCAAAGACCAUCUUGGAGAAGAUGGUUGAUGAAAUUUUUGCUUUCUUCAAUCUUAGAGAGGAGGAGAAGCAAGAGUAUGUUGGUAAGGAUGUGAUGGACCCUGUAAGGUAUGGCACCAGCUCCAAUGUUUCGAUGGACAAAGUCUUGUUCUGGAGGGAUUUUCUUAAAAUCGUGGUGCACUCGGAAUUUCACUCACUUGACAAACCACCUGGGUUCAGGUUAAUUAGGCAAGUUUGUGAAGUGUUGAUUUUCACCCUCUCGCUAAGCCAAUCUUCCGGCUUAACGAGCCAUCCGUUGAGCACAACACUCCUCGGCUGAGCGCGAGGAAGAAUCUGGGAGAAGGAUGAGCUGUGCAUUUGCGUUAAGUGAAGGGUCAUCCAGAGAAGCACACCACUUCAGUCCAUCCGCUGAGUGAGAAAAACACGCGCUAAGUCGAAAUCCACUAAUGAACGCUAAGCGGUUCAGAGUUGGGCUAAGCGCGCAAGCAGGAACAAAGCCACUUAUUUAAGCUUGAAACCAAAAUUUGGAGUGGAGUUUGGGCCUUUUCUUGAAGUUGCAUGUCUAGGGUUUUCUAGAGAGAGAAAGGUCCAAGUUCUAGAGAGUUUGAGAGAUUUUGCAGUGUGAAGACCCGCAGAGAAUUGAGCUUGAAGAGGAAGUCGCAUUAAAGAGCUUGAGAUAAGUUUGUGAGUGAUUGUGAGGUCCUAGAGGUGGAGGAGACAUCCUCACCACUUGUAUUUCUUCAAUCCUUCAUCUUUCUCUUCUUUUUGUUGUAAAGGAAGCUUCCUAGUUAUGGAGAGCUAAAUCCUCUGUUGGUUCUUCCUUAUAGGUACUUGAUGUAAAUACCUGUAUAUCUAUUUAAUGAUGUUUUGU